AUGUCUGAAAUCGCUGUAGACAGCAUUAUUUCUGAUAUCUCUUUAUUACUACAAAACAGAACGGAUGAAUUGCGGUUGCAGCUUUGUGAUAAAAUUCCAACACAUGAAGAGAAGAUUAAUGAGGUGUUUAAUAGCCCCCAGUUACCUUUUUGUGGUCUAGAAACUAAAUAUUUGCGCCAUAGAUAUUUUGUGAAUACUCUUAAGCUACAGGAACCUAUUGAGAGGAAGGUUGGCUCUCAUAAAGUUAAAGUUUUAAAGGGAUGUCAAAGUAUUGACAAAACUGUACAUGAUUAUGUGUAUGAUAUUCGAUUAUUAAAGUCACUUCAUGAUCUUCUUUUAAAUGACAAUGUCAGAUCUGAGGUUCUUCGAGGACAUCAGCGUUGUGAUGGAUUAUUGUCAGACUUUUGUGAUGCUGCUUAUUAUGCUUCUCAUCCUUUGUAUUCUGUUGAUAAGUCUGCUUUACAGAUUAUUAUUUAUUAUGACGAUGUCGAAAUUUGUAAUCCGUUAGGAUCUCGGACUAAGAAACAUAAGUUAGCUCUUUUUUAUUAUAUGCUGGGAAAUCUACCACCUGUGUCACGAUCAAAGCUCUCAAGUAUCAACCUCCUCUGCAUAACAAAAUCUCAAACACUAGUAAGAUAUGGUCCAAAUGUAAUUUUGGAGCCUGUAAUGAGUGACAUUAAAGAAUUGGAGCAAAAUGGUUUAGUGGUAACUACAGGAAAUUCUCAAACCAGGUUUUAUGGGUCACUGUUUUUAGUACCAGGAGAUAAUCUAGCUAGUCAGUACCUUGGUGGCUAUAAGUCAUUAGCUUCAGCACAUAGAAAAUGUCGCACCUGUAUGACAACAAAUGAAGACAUGCAGAAUAAAUUUAAUGCUCAUGAUUUUCAACUUCGUGAUCGAAGUACCCAUCAAUAUCAGGUGGCUGCAUUAUCUUCUUCUGCUACUAGACCUCAUAUUGAAUCAACGUUUGGCUUGUGCCAAGAUUCAGUUUUUCACCAAUCUCAAUAUUUUCAUAUUACCGAUGGUCUUGUGCCAGAUAUAAUGCACGAUGUAUUGGAAGGCUGUCUGCCAUAUGUGAUGAAGGAGAUGAUGAAACUGUACAUUGAUAGAAAACUGAUUUCAUUGAAUGACAUGAAUGAUCUUAUAAUAUCUUUCCCAUAUGGAAGUACCGACUUUAGCAACAAACCAUCACUUAUUACCUCCAAAACUCUUAAGUCGUCUGAUCAUGCCUUAAAACAAACAGAGGCAAUUGAUAACUUAAGUGUGAUGAUUGCCGACCAUCACAAAGCAUUUAAAGAGUUGCACCCAACCUGCAAUAUAAUCCCUAAGAUGCAUUACAUGAUACACUAUCCAUAUUGGAUUCGUAGGGUUGGACCUCUAGUACGAGCUUGGUGCAUGAGAUUUGAGGGCAAGCAUACUUACUUUAAAAACAUAGCAUCUCGUAUGAAAUGUUUUAAGAAUGCUUGUAAAACUCUUGCAAUGGAUCACCAAUACAAUGCAUGCUAUAUGAUAAAUUCAUCUGAAAAACCAGUUAUAUUCGACUGGACCACGUAA